AUAGCUUUUGUUUGCCGCCCACUCCCGAACCCGACCUAACCUCACCUCUCACCACCUCAUCUGUACGGUAAUCCUCCCCUUCUGCCUCCCCCUUCUACCCCCCCUAAUCCAAUAAUUCUUCAUCAACGUUUGCACCGUAUCAAAUACCGGUAUAAACACCCUCAACUCCCUUCACUAAUAUUCACCGGAAGUGGACACAGACUCCAGUGGCGGUCACCUCUCUCUCCGAAAUCCAAAACGACUGGCUGCCUUCUAAUCCAAUCAGUCCACAGCAAGAGCCAGCCAAAGCCAUUGGACCAGCGCAUCGGGCUCCAGCAGCCACUAGUAAGGCAGAGUUUGUCCAGAAGAAAAAUAAAAUAAAGAGAUAAAAAAAAAAAAAAAAAAGCCGUUCAAUCAGCCAAGCUCGCACACUGACGUGGGGCUUUCACUCUCUUAUUUUUCAUUCUUCGUUCUGGUCAUUCCCUAGUUGGACGAAAACAUUCGCUCACCAUUAAUAACAAUCCUCCCCGCUGGCCCUAAAAACCCCGCAACAUAAACCCUUCCCGGAACAAAACACAGGACCUACCUCUCAACUCGAAGAACAUUGUUAUUUUUGGCCAGCGAUGAACUCGCCAAAGUCGGAUACUAGCCUGCACAAUAUAGUCGACAAGAUCGGGGAUGUGUCUAUCUCUGGGGAAGCGAAUAGGAUCGUUGUUGGUGUGGACUUUGGAACAACUUAUAGCGGGUGAGUGUCUUUUGUACAAUCCUCUCCACUUCCCUAUUCUCCCUCUCUCUGAUGCGUGCGAUCGGUGGGAGUGGGGAGAGGCGGAUACAGCAGCGGGGAACUAACAUACACUGCCAACACUUAGGGUAGCCUGGGGUUAUACUGGAUCGCCGAGCGAGAUACACGUUAUUCAGGUUCAUACACCAUUUUUAACCAUAUGCUCCGGUUCUGACCUAAGAAAUCUUCAAAUUAGAGUUGGCCCGGCGGAAUGAACCUAACUUCCCCGAAAGUCCCAUCGAAAAUUGCGUACGAAAAGGACGGCAUAAAAUGGGGGUUUCAAGUGAAGCCUUUCCAAAAUUGCAUCGAGUGUUUCAAACUAUGCCUGGACCCUAACUUGCGUCCUCCGGACUUCGUCUCUUUGCCCAACAUUUAUGCGCAGCUCAGACAGCAUGACAAACUCGUGCAGGAUGUUGUUAGGGAUUACUUGCAGAUGCUAUACGAUCACACGAUCACUACGCUGACACGAGCGCUCGGAAGCACGUUUGUGGAUAACACUAGGAUCGAGUUUAUUCUUACAUGCCCGGCGGUGUGGAGUGACCGGUCGAAAAAUGCGACACUCCAGGCGGCGGAGGGGACGGGCAUGGCCAAGUCGUGCAAGAUUAGAUUAAUCUCGGAACCGGAAGCUGCGGCUAUAUACACACUAAAGACCAUGCAGCCUAAGAAUCUGCAGGUGGGUUUGGCAUUGAUUGUGGGGUAUGGGGAGUUGUUGCUGAUUGGAGGGCUUGUAUAGGUUACGGAUGAUUCUUGUUUUGUGGUUUGUGACGCUGGGGGUGGGACUGUGGUAUGUCGCGUCUCUCCAUUUGAUGAAGUAAAACUUACCUUUCAAAGGAUUUGAUAUCGUAUGAAAUCCUCCAGACAGACCCACUGCAGGUUAAAGAGAGUGUCACUGGGACAGGUCUGUUUUGUUGUUCCCAUCGGCUGAGGGAAUGCUGACGUAGCAAAGGGGAGCUAUGUGGCUCUGCAUUCUUGAACCGCCGGUUCGAGAGUUUCGUUAAGGAACGACUGGGUUCUACAGCAUACUAUGCCAUGAAAGAGAAGACAAAGAUUGCUGCUCUAAAAUCAUGGGAGGAGUAUGUAAAGAGGGUGUUUGUUGAUGGAGAAGACCAGGAUGUGGGGUACACCCGAGGCUCUAGGUUCUGAUGGGUCACUGACUAGUUGUAGGUAUUCCCAAUUCAAUUUCCGGGAUUACCAGACGACGAAGCUCGAGGUAUUGAUUGCGGGUUUAUGACAGUCACUAGGUAAGGAUGUGGCUAGUGAAGCAGGUUGAAUAUUGCUGAUCCUUGAAUUAGGGAGGAAGUCCAAGCUAUAUUUGAGCCUGUCAUUCAGGAGGUUGUGAGAUUGGUUGACGGCCAGAUCACCGCUGUGCAGUCUAAAGGGCGACAAGUAAAGGUAUUUGGACCAAAUCGAUGUUUAUGUGGCCUUACACUAAUAUCCCCUGGAAGAGCAUUCUGCUUGUCGGCGGGUUCGGUUCUUCGGAGUACCUUUUCAUGCGCCUGAAAAAUAAGUAUGCCGACAUCUUAUCAACAAAGGACAACCCCGAUGUGGUGCUUCAACCCGUCGACUCGUGGACUGCAGUGGUUCGUGGUGCGGUUAUCCGUGGAAUGGAGACAAUUGUGCAAACCCGUAAAUCACGAUAUCACUAUGGUGUGAAGUACUGGGAGUAUUUUGAUGAAAACAUCCACUCCGAAGAACACAAAUACUGGGAUACUACACGGGAGAAGUGGCUCGCCGAGAACCAGAUUAAGUGGUACAUUGCAAAGGUUUGUUGCGUUUAUCUAGAUUUAACGGUUGUGUGACUAAUAUCUUGCAGGGGACGGAAAUGUCUGAAGACGAGAGUAUAUCUUUCCCAUUCUAUAUUACCUUUGAAGACCAUCACAGCAGGGUGCUCGUGGACGAACUGGUUUGCUGUCAGGAGACGUUCCCGCCAAAAUCCAUAGAUUCCAGUAACUUCCCCUCUCAAAAUCUCCUAUUGUAUCGCCUGCUAAUAUUCACCCAGCCGUCACAACCGUCUGCAAACUCCGAUCAGAUCUAACCACCGUGCCCAAGUCCCUCUAUACAAAGGGCCGCAACAGUAAGGAUGUGGAAUACGAAGGGCUACAUUUUACAAUGGAAAUGUCAGUCCUUAGUGCGGCCCUUCUUUUCGAGUUGAGAGUUGAUGGCGUCCGGUGAGUUACCUCUGUUCCUAAUUGAAAGUUUUCGCUCACUGACUAGCUACUACCCGUCACAGCUAUGGUGAGGUUACCGCCGACUUUGCCACGUAAUGCUCACCGAUUUUGUGAUGGACUGGUUGUGGUAUAGAGCUGAGGGGGGGGGGGGGACGCGGUGCUUGUCGACCAUGCGGUGUUCUUUUUGGUCUAUCCUUCCCUCCUCCCUGUUUUCCUUUUCCCGUGUCUUUGAAUCUGGUUUUAAGAUUCCUAUUUGUGGAGGUAAUUGUUUUUCAUGCGAUUUCUGGGGAGAUGGGGUGGGAGCUUGAUUACUGCAUUAGGGCUGUUGGUUGGGUGGGUGUUCUCUGAGUGGCAGGUUUGCUGUAAUUUGCUCGUACGUUGGUGAAGUUCCGGGCGGAGGAUAUCGUGAAUUUAUGAACUACUGGCC